GACGCCAUGCAACUUCCCGUGGGUCUCGCUGCCGGAGGGGGAGGCGUCUUCUUCAUGGCUGUGGUCGCCGGCUGGUACGGGAUGCCCAAGCUCAUCUCCAGCCAGAUAGCCUCCGGACUGGCACUGAAGAAAGGAUCAGACAUCCGCCAGAUGUGGUCCAACUUCUCCGACCCCAUCGACUUCCGGGUGUACGUCUUGAACCUCACCAACCCUGAGGCGGUGCACAGAGGGGAGAAACCCAUCGUACAAGAAAUCGGACCGUACUUCUACGAGGAGUACAAGCAGAAGGUGAAGCUGCGCGACCACAAGGAGGACGACACCGUCUCGUACAACAACAAGAUCACGUGGCUGUUCAACCAGGGCAAGAGCGCUCCGGGCCUCACCGGGGACGAGAUGGUCACGAUGCCGCACCCACUGCUUCUGGGCCUGCUGCUGACGCUGGAGCGCGACAAGCCGGGCAUGCUGGCGCUGGUGAACAAGGCGAUCCCGCCGCUCUUCCGCAAGCCGGAGAGCAUCUUCGUGACGGCGCCGGUGCGCAACUUCCUCUUCGACGGCAUCGUCAUCAACUGCACCGUCACCGACUUCUCGGCCAAGGCGCUCUGCACGGGGCUCAAGAAGGAGGCCAAGGAGCUCAAGCGCGAGGGCGACAACUUCUUCUUCUCCUUCUUUGGACACAAAAAUGGCACGGUGGACGCCGGGCGGCUGCGGGUGAAGCGCGGCAUCCAGAACAUCGACGACCUGGGCCGCGUGGUGGCCUUCAACGGCGAGCCCAAGAUGUCGUCGUGGCGGGGCGACCCGUGCAACGACCUGCGUGGCACAGACUCCACCAUCUUCCCUCCCUUCAGGGACCCCAAGGAGCCCAUCAUCGCCUUCGGCGCAGACCUCUGUCUGUCUCUGGGCGCGAACUGGGAGCGCAAGGCGGAGUACAUGGGCGUGCCCGGCAACAGGUACACGGCCGAGCUGCCGGACAUGAAGGGCAACCCGGAGCACCACUGCUACUGCCCUACCGAGCAGACCUGCCUCGAGAAGGGCACCCUCGACCUCUCGCCCUGCGCAGGUGCCCCAGUGAUAGCGACUCUGCCGCAUUUCUACCUGGCGAGUGAGACGUACCUGCAAACCGUGUCGGGCCUGCAGCCAACCAAGGAGAACCACGAGCUCUUCAUGGUCUUCGAAUCGACGACAGGGUCACCCAUGGAGGCCCGUAAGAGGCUGCAGUUCAACAUGUUCCUCCACAAGAUCAACAAAAUAGACCUACUGGCCAACGUGCCCUAUGCUUUGAUGCCACUCAUCUGGGUCGAGGAGGGCCUCGCACUGGAGGAGAAGUACGUAUCGACACUGCGCAUGUUGUUCCGCAUGCAGGGCAUCAUGUCUGGCGCCAAGUGGACGCUGAUGGCGGUUGGUAUGGGAAUGGCUGGCGCAGGGGGCUACCUGCACUUCAAGCGGCGCAAGGAGCUGGUCGUGGGGCCCGCCGAGCCCAAGAAGGUCGUCACUGGACACGACACUACGGGCCACCCCAUCAGGCUGGAGAGCUCCCACUCCAGAUACUAGUCCUGGACACUCCAGGCCAUCCCACUGGGCGUGACAGCUCCCACUACACAGACUUGGAAGGUCGCAGCUGGACUUACCGACUCCCCAGGCCGUCCCCUCAGCGAGACAGCACCAGAAGCUGAUGGACCCGGUGGCUCUUAUGGGCAGCCUGAUUCUACCAUCUUCAGGAUCCUGCUGUGGAGCUGUAGUUGUAGAAACUAAUGUUCCUUUCCCUAGGCUGAUGAAUUCUGUGCACCACAUUGGGCAAUGUUCCCAAACACCUUCGGCCAUCACCAUGCACCGCAUAGCGGUUCAGGCCACAACACUCAAGCUGUUUGCAACUUGCAGUAGCAAGGGUUAUCUCUACGUUGCCCUGAUCCAACGACAUAACUCCGACAUAUAUCGCUUUGCUUGUAGAGAUUUAUCAGCAGAAAUUACUGCAGUUUUGUCUUGAGAUUUAUUAACUUCCACAUAUACGGUCAACAUAGUUAAUCUAUAUUUACAAGUGUCUGCAUGUAAAGUAUACUGUUGUUAACCGUAAGCAAGUCUGAAACCGUUUAUAUCGCGAUACGGGGUCUUUAACUUUCUUAUCUACCGAGAUAUUGAAGCAACUGCUGCUCUUAUAACGACGCUAUGUACUUUCCUGUCCUCAUACUUUCUGUGCCGUUUGGUACGUUGUAAACCUUGCAGUCGUCCUCAAUACGUUUCACAAAAAUAAUUUAGUAAUGCUGUUAUUUCUGUAGUUCAUUAUUGGUUCUUCUUGCGGUCGCCUACUGUAAGAUGUUAUUACCUGACCCGCAGCGAACAUAACAGCGAACAUUUAUGAUGGUACGGUUUGUGUAUGUGAAUGCUGCAUUAGAUGCAUUGCUGAAACACGUCAAGUGGCGUAAGAACUUACUGUAUCGUUGUCACAGCCUAAGCCUGUUUCCACCUUCAACCCUUGGUUUCUACAAUGGUUGUGCCUUGGUUACUGGACGCGGUUUUAAUUACAGUUGUUAAAUAUAAAGGCAUGACAUUUUGUCUAGAAUUAUUCAUAACUUUUCUCGUCUACGCACUGUUAAACGCUUUAGGAACAUUUAUAAACAGAAGAGCUUCACUUUGAUAUUCUCGAUGUUUUUCCAUUAUUUGUCUAAGACAAAAUAUGUUAUUUUUGUGUACGAUAUGCAGAGCCCAAUUUUCUCUUACAUCAGAAUUGUUUCUGCUGUUUUACAUAAUAUCUGUUAAGUUUUUCUUAAAGGCUGUGUUCAGCAGUGAAACGCAUUUAUAACUUCCAGUUUUUCCAGUUUAGUUUUCUAAAAAUAGCUACAAUAAUGACUAGUCUAUACACCCGUGGUACUUUAUUUUUGUUCAAUGUCUCUUAAAUAGGUGUAAAACAGUUUACAGUUCAUGAGAUGCUUAUUCAAUUAAUUCUAUAUUUGUUCUUAAUUUUCUGCACCUUUUAGAUUUUCGAUGUGUUUCUCUGCCUACUGUAGCUCUUUUAUGUCUAUCGAAUCUUUGUACUGGUUUCCAUUCAUUUUCUUCCAAUAGGCCUAAAGUACUGUCGUUGUCUUUUGUCUGUAAUUUUGAAUAGAAAUCUAGCUGUUCGUCGGAGGCUAAUAUAUUUUUCUCUUGUCAUUGUCUGUAUUAUUCAAAUAUUACCUCAUUUUCUGAGCAAAGGCUGGUCUCCACCGCUAGUUAUACACACAUUCUAGGUUUCUUGAUUUAUUUAUCUACUCUUAGCUUUAUCUCCUCGUGCCAAGUGAAUUCCUCCCUACCUUUCUUCUUUCCCUUGACACUAUCUAAUACUCCUCUUUGUUGUUUGUAGACAGAUUUUAUAACCGUUUGCGGUAAGCUUGUAUCUUGCUGUCGAACAAUUCGGUUCUUUCUUUACUUCAGAAUCUUAACCUUCUAUGUUUCCUUUCCUUCGCAGUCACCACUCAAGCGAUCCAAAGGUUAUUAUUCCAUAACUCUUUUUACGUGUACUUCUGUUCUUAAAGAAUAAUUUAAGGGAGAAAACUAUGCUAAAAUUUUGCAAGACUGGCAGUAUUAGUAAUCAGAUACGAUGGGCCUUACAAGCACGGAAAUACAGAGUCUUCGAUUGAUGGCAGGUGUAACAAGGAGAGACCGAAGAUGUAACAAAACAUCAGUAGCUCAACACGUAAACAAUGAACCUGGUCACUUCUGCAGAGUCGGUAAUACAGGAAGAUCAACAAUGAACGAAAUGUAAGUUUGCAACAAACGACAGACACAUACUUAAGAAGAUCGUUACGUUGUUGUUUCUGUUAUUGUUGUUGUUGUUGAUGAUGAUGAUGAUGAUGAUGAUGAUGAUAAAUUGUUAACGACAUACGUAGAAAAGUGACGAAAUUAUCUCCUCGUUUUACAAUUCGAAAAGUCUCUAAUUUCUACCAAGCAUUUAUGAGUAUGAUAAAGUUUUUAACAGCAUUCGAGGGCCGAUAAAGACACGGGUAUAUUGACAGGAGUUCGUCAUCAUUUAGUGUCACAAAACGAAGUGAUAAGUAAGCUAUGUAUGUGUAUCCGUUCCAUCAUGCGACUAAUUGAUAACUAGGAUAUAGUUGCGCUGUGAGAACAAUUUUUAGUUCUAUGUUUGAAACAUGUGCCGCUUCUUUCCACAGUAGGUUUCACUGCAGACUACAACAACCUUCAUAUAAUAGUAUCCCUCUUUUCAUUGUCUUUCGAAUUCCCGUUAAAAGAUGGGUACCUCUGCUGUGAACAGGUCCAAGGUUGCUUCAUUAUCUCGGUAAAUAGAUAAAAAAUACAGCUAUUAACUAUAUAGCAAAAUACUUACUCUUUUAUAUCUAUCAUUUGUUGAAAAUUUCGAUUCUAAACAUUAAACCAAUUUACAAAACUUAAGGAUAACUCCACUACAUGCGUAUUCUAAGUAAAGGACUGUAAAUCUUGUGAGUGUAAUGUAACAGACAUCUAUAACUUGAUUACGUUAAAGACGAAAGAAACUAUCCCACGCUGCAAUCAAUAAUCGGCCACGUACAUAUUUACGAUCUCAACUACGAGGGAGCCAUUUAUAUAUUUGCAGUUAAUAAUUAUUUUGACAUUUAUUCUUGUAGAAGUAGAACAUUAGGAAAGUAAUUACCAGCUCUGGUGAGUCAGUGCAGUAAGGAAGAUUCCGAUAACACACACAGUUAUUGAUUUCACAAUCUUCGAUUUCUCAUUUAUCAUUCGCAAGCUGCAAGUAGAUGGAUCUCGCUUCAAACUGGUUCGUAUAAGAUUUAAAUGUAGUGAAACAAAGAAGUACCUGCCUAUGUCAUUUCUUGUAGUCGAUCUAAAAGCUUUGAAAAUUAUCUUUGGGCUAAACGCAAUGGUGCUUGAAUAUCGUAGAUCCUUGUUUGGACUAGUUUUUGGAACAUAUUCUUAACUAUUUUUCUAUAGUAACAGUAGGGAAAUAAUUGGAAAUAUUUAUUUUUCUUGUGCUCUCUUUCUCUACAGUUUGUUUGAAAUAGUAUUAUGUACAU